GGCGCCAAGACUAGUUGACUUACGGCAGUCGUCGAGCGCGAUCGCGACGACGAAAACAACAGACGGCGAACCGCGCUCUCAUUUCCCGCGCGAAUUCUAAAUUCAAAAGUGACUUCGUUCCAUUGACAAUUUUAAACAAAAUUCUGUGCUUUUAAAAUUCGAAAUUAGAACAAAAUGGGCAGUUGAUUUUUUUUAUUAAGUUUUUUAUUGUUUUAGUUGGACCUGUGUUUUUUGAGGACUAAGGAGGAUAUUUGCAUUUUUAUUUUAUUUUUGGUCUCUAAGGCUGUGUUAGUGUUAAGGAGCCAUGGCUUAUACAAACCAUAUUUUGCUGGUGUUCUUCGGUGCACUGGCGUUAGUUCUAGCGUACUCAGGGCCUGAUCUACCUCCUGGACCGUACUGUGGUCUGACAGGACAGUGCUGCAAAGACAGGCAGGAUGGAUGCUCACAUAGGAUCUUAGACAGCAAAUGCUAUUGUGACGAGUUCUGCAACAGGACAGCAGGCCACGACGAUUGCUGUCCCGACUACCCUCAGGUCUGUCUCGGAGAAAUUCAGGAGACAGUCCAAGGUUGCAAGUUUGGAUCACAGUACUACGCUAAAGGAGAAACCGUGCAAAAAGACUGCCAUAAGUGCACCUGCGUCCGAGGAUCUGAAGGGCCCUACGACUGGGAAUGCGACCAGGACCCGUGUCUGAUGAGUGAUGAAGUCAUCAGGAAUGUCAGACAAGCCGGCCUCGGAUGGAGAGCUACCAACUACACCCAGUUCUACGGGAAGAAGCUGAAAGAUGGACUUAUUUAUAAGCUUGGAACCCUACCACUAAGCCGUGAAACAGCCAGGCUAGGCCGUAUCAACAUCGACAAGGAUGUUCCCUACCCACCCCAGUUUGACUCCCGGCAGCAUUGGAAGAACUAUAUCUCUCCUGUGGUGGACCAGGGCUGGUGUGGCUCUGAUUGGGCUGUGUCGGUCGCUACUAUUAUUUCUGAUAGAUUCGCCAUCCAGUCCAACGGAGCUGAGAAGGUGACCCUCAGUCCUCAAUCACUGCUGUCCUGCAACUUAAAGCAGCAGCAGGGUUGUCACGGAGGCCACAUCGAUACCGCUUGGAUCUUCGCUAAGAAUCAUGGUCUGGUCGACGAAGAAUGCUUCCCCUACCAAGCCAAGGUAACCAACUGUCCUCUGAAGAAGCGAGGCAACCUUCUCACCGACCGCUGCAGGCCAGUCGUUCCUCAGAGGACCUCGAGAUACAAGGUCGGACCUCCCGGCAGGCUGGGCAAGGAAAUUGAUAUCAUGUUCGAUAUUAUGCAGUCUGGACCUGUGCAAGCCAUCAUGACAGUUUACCAAGAUUUCUUCCACUACCGUGACGGCAUCUACCGUCGUUCGAGGUUCGGUAACAACGAGCUGAAGGGUCUACACAGCGUGAGGGUCGUCGGCUGGGGAGAGGAGAAUGGAGACAAAUAUUGGAUCGUCGCCAACAGCUGGGGUACCUCAUGGGGUGAAGACGGCUACUUCCGCAUUGCUCGCGGCGAGAACGAGUCAGGCAUCGAGUCUUUCGUCGUCACCGUCCUGAGUGACGUGACCGAAGCUUACCUUCGUAAAUAACAUCCGACCCACCUGGUUACCCCACUUUGCGUCACCACUAGAGUGAUGAAAACUAGCAGGGGGAUUAUACUGCUGAACAGUACCAGGGAUUUUGGUUGACAAAGAUAAUUGACUAUAAUAGUGGCCUUAUUGAAUUAAGGAUGGCAACAUUGAAAAUACUUUUUAAAUAGUAGUGUCGAAUUUGUGGCCUUAUUGGAUUUAGGAUGGCAACACAGAAAUAGUCACUUGCACAAGUCUAGACAAGCCUUAUAAUAGAACAAAUUGUUGCAUAAAAAAACAAUGUUUAGGAUUUUUGAAUAAGCCAACAUUUCAAUAGAUGUAGAAACGACGAAAAUAUUUUUAUGCUAUAGGCAGAUCCUAUAUUUCGAAAUUGUCUUUUCAAGUUUAUAAUAAAAGUAAGGUACAGAGAAGAAUUAUCUUCGCCAAUCAAAAUCGUGUUUUCAACAAUAAGAGCCCGCGAUUAAAUUAUAUAGAGUACGAUCUCCGACCGACUAGGUAUUAAGAGAUUAAUAUUAUAUUUUUGUAUAAUUAAUCUAACGAUUUCAAUUAAUUGGUAAGAAUAAUUCAUUCAGACGCAUAUAUCGAUUGAAAUAAAACAUACGACACGAGAAGACGAGGAUUGAAAGAAAAAGGUUUCAUAUGAGGGACUUUUAGCUCUGGCAACAGGGAAAUCCCCGUCAAAUACAUCGCUGGGUUGCCACUUUAAAAAGUGAUUUACCACUAAUAAUACCAACACAAAAAAAUUAAAACAAAAAAUUCCAAAAAAAUACUUAAUGCUUUUAUUUUCAUAUUAUUAUAUUCAUAUUUAUUGUACAGUAGAUCAUUUCUUGUGAAUCUUUACUGCCAUGUUAGAUGUGGACACUAAACUUAAUUAAGUUACUUAAAGAAAUCUAACUAGUCUUAGGCACAUUUAAACUUUAGAUUAAGUGAUCAUCUCAAAAUAUGCUUAUAGACAAUAACUGUUAGUUUAGGAAUAACCGUUAUUUCUAGUAACGGUUUUUUUAUUUACCGAUAUUUUUUAUCUAGUAGCUUUAAAAGUUGAAUAUAAGACAUUAAUGGCCGACAGACCAGUUGUGGUCAGAAAAAAAUUUCUUUGCCAAAUCUCUUUGGCUAACUUUUAAAACUACUAGUUUUAUGGAAUGCAAUGUCAAUAGAAAUAAGCUGUAUUUUACACUCUUCCAGUGAAAUAGUUAACCAUCACAAAAAAACAUUUAAUGCCGUAUGUAACAAUAAAAAUAUAAUUACGUAUCAAUUUAAAUAUUAACAGUCUUACUUAUAAACGUGAAUUAAAUAAUAAGUUAUACUUAAGGGGUGUUUAAGAAAAAAUCUUACUCAUAAACGUGGCUGAACUAAAUAAUUUUCUUAGCAAUGUCUUAAAUGAGCUGUCAAAUUAAGUAGUCUCACACCCUUGUUUAACCCGGUAAUUAGCAAAAUGGCUGGAUUCUUAUCAGCUGAUUUUUCAUUUCCGGUUUAUUGACAGCUCAACUUUUUAAUUUUAUAUUUUACGGAUGCCGUUGUUGCCAUUACAUAACGUUUUGAUGACAAAUAUUUUUUAAGCUACCAACAUUCCGGUAGUGUUGAGAAAUUAGUAUGUUUUUAUGUCAUUAUCUGUUCAUUACUUAAGACAUGCUUAAGCAACGUUUAUAGGUCAAAAUAUUUCAAUCACUACUUAAGGCUUUAAGUAGUAAUUAGUUAAAACAAUACUUAGAAGAUGAUUUGUUGAUUUUUAUAAGUAAGGCUGUAAGUAAUUCAAUGGCCAAAGCUUACUUAAACAACUCUGCUCCCAUAUGGCAUGAAUAUUAUUCAAAUAUGGACUUUAAGUAUGGACCUUUAGAUAGGUACAUUUCACAUUGGCAAUAUAACUUAGCAAUCAGUUCGCUAUCAGCGAUCUCGUAUUUAAAGGAAAUUGUACCAGAUGAUCAAUAUUUAAAGAUCAUAUUUGAAUACAAAUAUUUUUUCCAAGUGAGAGCUUAGUCGUUCAGGUGAGCUAUGACCAUAACAUACGAUAUAAUAUUUUGUAUAAUAAUUCAAUUUUAAAUUCUUUUCUUUAUGUAAAAAGUAUGAAUCUAAUCCACACUAUUAAGGGCCAAACGAACGUAGCGCCAUCUCUAUUUAAAAUUGUUCUUUAUAAUAUCAGUUGCCAAAUGGCUAUAGCCUUAAAAAUACGAUAUCUUAGUAAAUAAUGUUGUAUUAAUUAAGUAAAAUAUAAUAUUUAUUAUUAAUUAGUACUUACGAUUUAUUGUAAUUUUUAAGUUUUAAAUAAAUAAAGUUUCAAUACAAAA